AUGGCUGACGGCUACACCCAUCCAUGGAAGGCGUAUGUGUUUGAUACCAAAUUUGACAUCAUCCUUGGCAGAGAUUGGUUCAGCAUGUACAACCAUUCCGUUGGCGACACGACACCUGGCAGAUCAAACAAGGCAACCGCACCCAUAUCGCGACUCAAGUCGCAAACGGCAGAUUCGAUUUUGAGCUUUAUCUUCUCUGAUAUCGCGCGAGAUGCAACGAUUGUCACGCACCAAGGCUAUCAGCGAGAUGUAUUUUGUUCCUAUACGGCUGACAAGAUCGACAAAUACGAUAACACCUUUGAUACUUUAGCGGUUCAUGAAAAUACGCUGAUGUCUUCCGAAACGAACUACCAGGCUUACCUCCAGAUCGUGAUGAGCAUGUGA